GCCUUAACAUGUUAUCUGCUCUGAAACGAAUUCCCCUGCUUUUUCUCUGUCCCAUUCAUUUCAAUGGCGUUCUCUUCGAGUGUUAAGGACAAUCAAAGUGCGUCUCAAAAUGCUUUUCAGGAAAUCGGAUUUACGUCUGGAUCUUACAAAGCAAUGACAAAUAAGGUUCCCUGUGACGUAUUUAUUAAUCACCGUGGACCUGACGUUAAACACAAACUUGCCAGCAAUAUCUACCAUGCUCUUGAUGCCAUUGGAUUACGUCCUUUUCUUGAUGAAGAAGUCCUUGAACCAGGCGUGAUUAUACCAUCAGCGAUACAAAAUGCUAUGAGUAGUGCUUCUCUUCAUAUUGCUAUUUUGUCCCACAACUAUGCCCAAUCAUCCUGGUGUUUGGACGAGCUGUCGUUUAUGCUGAGAACUGGCACCAAAAUCAUUCCUAUAUUCUACCAUGUGGAGCCUUCUGACGCCCGAUGGGUUAUUCAAGGCAAAGGAAUCUAUGCCGAUGCAUUUUCCCAGCAUGAAAAGAAGGGAAGAUUUAGUUCUGAGAAGAUUGAGGAGUGGAAAAGGGCGCUUCAUGAUGUUUCGUUUCUCUCCGGCCAUAUAGUUAAUGAGGACAGGGAUGAAGGGAGGCUGCUGAAGAGUAUUUUUAACGAGGCACUUCAAACCAGGGAUGGAUUUCGAAUGAAGGUAGCCAAAUUUCUAAUUAGAAGUAAUGAACACAUGUCUCGUCUGAUGCCUGAUACGGAUGAAGAAUCUGAAGAUUCGGAGGAGGACGUCGAAGAGUCUGCGAGUGAAUGCUCGGAUGAAAUUAUUUCAUUAAUUGUUGAUAGAGUUGAAGAUUCUGUAAGUGAGUGCUUAAACAGGAUUGAAGUGUCUGUGGAUGGGUGCUUAGAUAGAGUUGAAAGUUCUGUAACUAAAUGCGUAGAUAGGGUUGAAGGAUCUGUGAAUGUGUACUUCGAUAAGGUUGAACAAUCUGGAGAUGAGCCUAUCGAUGAACUUAUCGAAAGGGGUUUUAAGAAGGCAUUCAGCUUGCUCACCGAAGAUUAGUCUCCACCACUUACCAUUAAUCUUUUAAUGUACUCUAGGAAUUCUUAGCUUUCACUCGGUCCAGUUUUAAACUACA